CCAGCCAGUCUACCAGUGCAAUUGGCAGCGGGAGAAGGAGUAACAGCCUCACAGACACAGUAUUUAAUUGGAUGGCGAGAGGUGAUAGCGGCGUGUGCUCGGUGCUGCAAGCUUAUUUCCCGGAAUGGACACUUAGCAACCUGGUGUGGUUAUAGGUGCACGCUGGGUGUCAGAGAGCAGCGUCCAGCCAACCUCACUGCGCAUGGAUCUCAGUGAUUGACUGAUUUCUGCCAUGCAUACGCAUUGGAAGAUUGUGUGGCACACAGCCCAGGCUUAUCAUUUCCCCGUGCUUUGAUGAUUUACACCAUGUUUUUCCUAAUUUAUUUACUGACAAGACAUCAUCUCAUUUUUGACAGCAGCGCGCAUUGCCGACCUGUGUCCAUCUUACAUCGUCAUUGACAUCUCCUGUGCACAUAAUCUGUGAUCUUUUGAUGUUUCCCCCCCAUUUUUUUUGCAAGGCUGAGCAGUUCUAAUAUGUUUCUUUAAUGCUGGACUCUGACAGCCUUCUUGAAAACCGUCAGGAUCGCAAGGUGAACCGACAUGGAUAGCGGGAGCCAGGCUGCGACGGUCGGGUACGGUGCAGCCAAUUUCACAGCAGCUCACCUCUGGCGGGAUCUCCUAAAUGCUUCGAGCCCGCCGACCCGGUGGGACAGCAUCCCAGCUGCAGAGGGGACCGGGCUGGACGAGCAGCAGCGCCUCAUCCGAGAGCAAGCUUACCGGGACUUCACCACCACCGUUCAGGUUUUUAUCGUCAUAGGUUCGCUACUCGGAAAUGCCACAGUGUUGUGGUGCACCUGCUGCACAAAUGUUUUUAAAUCCGUAACUAAUCGCUUCAUUAAAAACCUGGCGUGCUCGGGUAUCUGUGCUGGCCUGGUCUGCGUUCCCUUUGACGUGGCACUCGGAGCAAGCCCUCGCUGCUGCUGGUGGCUUCACACUCUGCUGCUCUGCAAGGCCAUCAAGUUCCUCCAUAGACUCUUCUGCUCUGUCACUGUGCUCAGUUUCAGCGCCAUUGCACUGGACAGAUACUACUCUGUGCUGUACCCAUUAGAGAGGAAGAUCUCAGAUGCAAGAUCCCGAGAUCUGGUUAUCUAUAUCUGGGUCCAUGCGGCAGUGGCGAGCCUCCCUGUGUUCGCUGUGACCAAUGUGACGGAUGUGUACGUCACCUCGUCCUGCUCAGAUGACCACACCCACUCCCUGGGACACAUGGUGUAUGUGUUGAUCUACAGCGUCACCACGGUGAUCCUCCCUCUUGCUCUGGUCUUCCUCUUCAUGCUGCUGAUCCGCAGAGCGCUUAGUGCCAGCCAGAAGAAGAAGGUGAUCAUUGCGGCGCUGCGGACUCCACAGAACAGCAUCUCCAUCCCAUAUGUGUCCCAGCGAGAGGCCGAGCUACACGCCACUCUGUUGGCCGUGGUUCUGGCUUUCUCUGCCUGCAGCACACCCUAUGGGGUGUUGGUGGUUUAUCGCACUAUUCUGACAGACCCCAAGGAGCUUCCAGUCUCACUGUAUCUCACAGCACUCUGGCUCCCCAAGGUGUCACUGCUCACCAACCCACUUUUGUUUCUGACUGUUAACCGCUCAGCACGUCAUAGCUUGCUGGACCUGCUGGCCAGGAUUCACAGACGCUACAGCCGCCGUAAUGUGGUCAGCACUGGUGGUCUGGCAUCUUUAGGAGCAGAGAGGGUGAUUGGGGAGCCAGUGGGACUGGAGACUGUUGGCCGCUCUGGGAGUCAACUCCUGGAGAUGUUCAACAUUGGCCAGCAGCAGAUCUUUAGGCCCUCUGAGGAAGAGGAAGAAGAGGAGGAUGUGGAGAAUGAGACCCCUUCUCAAGGAUCAGGAAGCUGCUCCGGGCCCAAAGAGGACCCUAAUGGCAGGUCGAGACUGGGGAGUCUGAGAGGGGAGGUGAUCACCAAAAAUGACCCUUUGCAGGGCUCAGGGGGAGUGCUAGUCAUCACCAAAGAGGGCCCCCCUGUAAUCACAGCACCCCGGGCCUCUCCAGUGCACACAUGCGCUUACGCCUCCUCAUCACAGGUGGCACCAGCUACACCCACAGAAGCUGAUGACUCCACACAGUUUAGUUUUGGGCCAUUUGAGCUGCCACCUCAGUGGUUACCUGAGACCAGGAACAGCAAGAAGAGGCUGCUGCCUCCACUGGGUAACACACCUGAGGAGCUGAUCCUAUUCCCACUGUGGACCCAUGAACUAUACCUGCUCACAGCACUACAGGUUAGGCCUCUUGUCAAGGCCUUAGCAGGAUAUUGA